AUUUAACGUUGAAACAAAAUGACGAUUUAGUUUUAAGUUAGUUUUCAUCAGUUUGUACUGGUGGCUGUUUUUUGAGGGACACGUGGAGAUAACCAUGGUAACAGCGGCCAUAUUGGGUUUCCCGCGGAGGGUGGUUGACGGUUGACGGUUGGGAUUUGAAUUUGAAUCUCUCGAGAGGAGAGCCGCCGCUGCCGCCAUCGCAAUGACUGACCGUUACAACAUUCACAGCCAGCUGGAGCAUCUCCAGUCCAAGUACAUCGGCACCGGGCACGCCGACACCACCAAGUGGGAGUGGCUCGUCAACCAGCACCGCGACUCGUACGCCUCGUACAUGGGCCACUUCGACCUCCUCAACUACUUCGCCGUGGCCGAGAACGAAACCAAGGCCCGGGUCCGCUUCAACCUCAUGGAGAAGAUGCUGCAGCCGUGCGGGCCCCCGCCCGACAAGCCCGAGGAGGCCUGAGAGGGCCUGGG